AUGGUGCACGUCGCGUUUUACCGCAACUAUGGUAAAACUUUUAAGAAACCGAGGCGUCCAUAUGAGAAGGAACGUUUAGACGCUGAGCUAAGACUUGUCGGAGAGUAUGGACUCCGCUGCAAGAGGGAACUCUGGAGGGUGCAGUAUGCACUAAGCCGUAUUCGCAAUGCAGCAAGAAUGCUUUUAACUCUUGACGAGAAGAAUCCACGUAGGAUUUUUGAGGGUGAAGCUCUUCUUAGGAGGAUGAAUAAGUAUGGUCUUUUGGAUGAGAGCCAAAACAAGCUUGAUUACGUGUUGGCCCUCACUGUUGAGAACUUUCUUGAGCGCCGCCUUCAAACAGUCAUAUUCAAAGCGGGGAUGGCCAAGUCAAUUCAUCAUGCCCGAGUUCUCAUCCGGCAGAGACAUAUUAGGGUUGGGAGACAGGUGGUUAAUGUCCCUUCCUUCAUGGUUAGAGUGGACUCCCAAAAGCAUGUUGAUUUCUCAAUCACUAGUCCAUUUGGAGGUACUGGCAAACCUGGUAGAGUGAAGCGCAAGAACAUCAAAGCAGCAUCGUCCAAGAAAGAUUCUGGAGAUGGGGAUGAAGACAAUGAAUAG